CUAAAUAACGGCACGGUAAGCUGCACUCGGAUAUAACAAAUGCAUUCGAGCAAAAUGUUUCAGUGCAAAGUUUAACGUCUUUGAAGAAUAUCUCUCGGCGUUCGGAUACACAUAUUUGCCCAUCGAAACCGAUUCAAUUUGAUAACCGAAAGUAAAAACCGAUUUCCGAAAAUCAAAAUGAAAUUGUGCUACGAACUGCUGGAUGAUUCGAUUGCCGAUCGAUUAGAUUCAUUUUACAAUAAGACCAACAAUAAUUUCAUUGAAGUGAAUCCGGGAAAUGUUGUUAUGCCGCGGAUAUAUCGGGAUAUUGGUGAUCAGGUGUUGAAUUUCGAUGUGCGACACGACGACAUAUGGAUGAUUUCAUAUCCUCGUACAGGUUCGACGUGGGCUCAAGAGAUGAUUUGGCUGCUAGCGAAUGAUUUGAACUAUGAGGGCGCAAAGCAUUUACAACAACUUCGAGCACCUUUGUUGGAGUUAAGCGCAUACUUCCAAGACGACUACAAUUCUUGGAUCACGAGCAACAUCGGAAAUUCGGUCCAAUUGGCUCACAGUUUGCCUAGUCCUCGUUUCAUAAAAUCUCACUUACCUUGGCAACUUCUACCGAAAAGUUUGGCAACGGUCAAACCGAAGAUCAUUUACAUCGCUCGCAAUCCGAAAGACACAUGCGUGUCAUUCUAUCACUACAUGUCACUGAUACACAAAGUGGUCGGAACGUUUGAGGAAUUUUGCAAUCUAUUUCUAAAUAACAAGGCCGUCUGCGGUUCGAUAUGGCCGCAUAUGCUGCCGUUUUGGAACCGACGAAACGAUCCGAACAUUCUGUUCCUCAAAUACGAAGACAUGAAGAGAGACUUGAGCAACACCAUCUAUCGGUGUGCCGAUUUUCUCGGCGUCAGCGACAAACUGAACGCCGAAGAGGUGUCCCGGAUGUGUGACCAUUUGAAUUUCGAUAAAAUGCAACGUAAUCAGGCGGUCAAUUUGGAGCCGAUUUACAAUCCGAAUGGCGAGGUGGACGACACACAUUCAGCGAAAUUUAUCCGGAAAGGGCAGAUCGGCGAUUGGAAGAAUUAUAUGACACGCGAAAUGUCCGAACGAUUCGAUGAAUGGAUUGAUCAGCAUUCGAGCGAUACGAAUUUGGAAUUUGAGUACGAAUAAAUCAACCACGGAACCAUCAUUCCGUUCUCGAUUUGUACGGAAUGGGGGCUACCGAAUCGACAGUUUAUUUUUUGGUAUAUGACAUUCAGUACACUAUACGAACUCACACAAAAUAUUUGUUGGCAAAUUGUUUGCUUGGCACAAUUGCAUGAAUUCAAUUAUAAUACGAACAAAGUUAGAAUAUUCAGAGAUAAUAUAAAAUCCUUUAGUGUUGAAUAA